GAUUCGUGUUAUUUCCGGACGCUUCGUUGCUUGUCACAUCAGCUCGAUCCAGCGUCCCACAGUCUGAGGUUAGUGGACCAAAAACAGCACAGCUGCCUCUGGCAGUCCAAACAUAAGGAAGCCAUAGAAGUUGGUGGCCAUGGCUGACUAUUACCAGGUUCUAGGAGUGCAAAAAACAGCAUCUCCAGAUGACAUUAAGAAAGCUUACAGAAAACUAGCUCUCAGAUGGCAUCCAGAUAAGAACCCGGAUAAUAAGGAAGACGCAGAUAAGAAGUUUAAGGAGCUUUCAGAGGCUUAUGAAGUCCUGUCAGAUGCAAACAAAAGGAACUUGUAUGAUCGAUAUGGUAAAGAAGGCUUAACACCAGGAGGAGGAGGAGGAGGAGGAGGAAGAGAGCACCACUUUGGAGGAGGAGAAUUCACAUUCCGCAAUCCAGAGGAUGUUUUCAGGGAAUUCUUUGGCGGACAAGAUCCGUUUGCAGACUUCUUUGGUGCAGAUCCAUUUGCUGAUGACUUCUUUGGCGGUCGACGGCACCACCACCACCACCACCACCACCAUCAGCGGGGCAUGAGCCGGAGCCGGACAGGAGGGUCCUUCUUUGGGGGCUUUGGAGGUUUUCCUCCUUUUGGGGCGGGAUUUACAUCUUUUGAUGCAGGUUUCACUCCCUUUGGGCAUAUGGGAGGAGGCUUCACUUCAUUCUCUACAUCUUCAUUUGGCGGAGGUGGGGGUGGAGGGGGUGGCGGAGGUGGCGGUGGAGGUAUGGGCAACUUCCGCUCUGUGUCAACCUCCACUAAAUUUAUCAAUGGCAGGAAAAUUACCACAAAAAGAAUCUUUGAGAAUGGACAGGAGCGCGUAGAAGUGGAAGAAGACGGACAGUUGAAAUCUCUAACCGUAAAUGGUAAGGAACAGCUCCUGCGAUUGGAACACAAGUAAGAUAACGGAGCGCUUUCAGCACAAACUUGAGCUUAAACAAUGUUAGUACUGUCGUUCAGAUGUCUGUACAUUUCAUUUUUUUUCUGCUUGUUUGUCGUGUUCCCCCUUUAUAUCAUUUUUAGAUUAGUUUCUGAACAAAUUUCUGUUUGUAUAUUUAUACAUGGGGACUGUCGGUAUUUUUGCGCAGGAUGCGUGUCAUUUUCCUUGUAUUUGGGACCAUAAUGUGAGAUUAGCUUUUUCUUUUUGCGAGCACUUUGUUGUGUUGCAGUUUCCUCAUGAAUGCACAUUGCCUUUGGUAUAGUGCUUUGGGCUGAAAGGAACAAGAGAACUGUGCUUUGUGCAUGAUAUUACCAACUGAGUGUGGAAUUGGAGUACGUAACUUACUGUUCAAACCUAAUGGCAACUUGUCUAAUUUGUUUGUUAAACAUACUUGUAAAUGCUGGUAGAGUGCUAGAUCCAUUGUACUGAUAUGCAACUUUUAUUAUUUUUAUUCAUGAAAAAAAAAUGUUCUCUUAUUUUCCCCUUCAUUGUUGCAUGUAAAACAACAGCUGUUGUUUAUAGUUGUAAUGUUAUUACUAAAUAACCUGACGAGAGUCAGAAGUUAAUAAUAAUAUAACUGAUUUAUGACCAUUCAAGGAACUUUGUGUACUUUGUAAAAUAAUUUGAACCUAAAUAAAUGAGUUUCAUCCUUUUUGGGGAUGUGGCA